AUGUCUGCUACGCCAUUUGACCAACCACGUCUGGAUUGGGGAGCCGGCGAUCAGUACCAGGAAUUUCUCCGAUUCCGACAGCACGUGGCGUUCUGUUUCAAAGGCCCGCUCGCCAAGGCCGAAAAUGCUGACAAGGCAGGAUGGAUCGGAAUGUGGAUAGGACAAGAAGGUAGGGAGAUAUAUAAGACCUUCACAUGGGAAAAUGAUCAUGAUACAGAUGAUCCUGUUAAAAUAUUGGACAAACUAGAUGUUUACAUCAGACCCAAGAAAAACAAACGAAUUGCUCGUUACAAACUCCAUCAAAGAAAACAAACUGAAUCUGAGACAUUUGAUAAUUUUGUCAAAGACCUGAAGUUAUUGGCAAUGGAUUGCGAAUACACAGACAGUAAUGAUGUGUUGAUAGACCUGAUCAUCGCUGGUGUUAAACACAAAAAGGUACAAGAACGUUUACUUGAUCAAGGUCAAGACAUUACCCUUACCAAAGCUAUACAGAUAGGUCAACAAUACGAACUUUCUCAAGCUCAGGUUAAAAUGAUGCGAGGUGAGGAAAUAUUGAAACUUAACUGUACAAAACAACACAAAAAACCAGCCAGCAAAAUCAAGAAACCAGUAAGCCCAAAUUUAAAGCCAUCACAAACACCGAAAACAUAUCAGUCAAACAACUACAGGAAUAAGUCAAACUCCGGUAACAUUUGUGGGAGCUGUGGUUUUACUCAUGACAGUGGAAAGUGUCCAGCAAAGGGAAGUACCUGUAACUAUUGUAAAGGACAAGACCACUGGAAGAAAAUGUGCAGGAAAAGACUAAGGAACAAAGUACACAGUAUUCAGUCUGAUGAAUAUGAGACAGAUGAUGAUGAACUGUUGACAAUAAACACCACUACAGUCACUGAUGUUAGUGUCAUAGAUGACAAGUGGGUCACAACUCUCAACAUAAAUGGAGAAGAUGUGAAGUUUCGCAUUGACACAGGAGCAAGAGUCAGUAUUCUUACAAAGAAUCAGAUUGACAACAUGUCAGGAAUCCGUCACAUAAAGGAUUCUCACAGAACACUGAAGUCAUUCAGUAAUCACAGGAUUAAGCCUGUAGGAUCUGUUACAUUACCUGUCAAAUAUGGUAGUCGGAAAGAUGAAAUAAACUUUGAAAUUGUGGACAUUGACCAAGAGAACAUAAUCAGUGGUGAUUCAGCUGUAUUACUCGGUCUACUACAAGUUCCACCAGACAACUCCUUGAGCACAGAUCCUGUGUUAGUACUCAGUUCAACUCCUGCUGAGGAUGAGUUAACUCGUGACUUUCCUGAUUUAGUCAAGACUACAGGAACUCUGCCAGGAGAGUACAGUCUCUCUAUUGAUAAAUCAGCAGAAGGUGUAAUUCAUCCAGUGCGUAAACUACCUGCAGCUAUUAAGCCCAAAGCCAUAGAGAAACUCAGAGAAAUGGAGGGAAACGGAUACAUCACUCGAGUCGACAGGCCGACUGAAUGGGUCAGUUCAAUGGUAGUCAGUGUCAAAGGAGACAAGAUUAGAAUAUGUAUUGAUCCACGAGAUCUCAAUAGAGCUAUACAAAGGGAACACCACCCUAUGAAAACGAUUGAGGAGGUCAUAACAGAUAUCCCAGAUGCCAAGAUAUUUUCAGUUCUGGAUGCAAAGUCAGGCUUCUUACAGAUACAACUGGAUGAGGCAUCAUCUUAUCUUACUACGUUCAACACACCAAUAGGAAGAUACCGUUGGUUACGCUUACCAUUUGGAAUCAAGUCUGCCCCUGAGAUCUACCAGAAAAUCAUGGACAACAUGAUUGCAGGUAUAGAUGGUGCAUUUGCCAUCAUUGAUGACAUUCUGAUAGCUGGGAGAGAUGCUAAGGAUCAUGACAGGAUCUUGCGUCAGGUCGUAGAGAGAGCCACCAGCUACAACUUGAAGUUGAACUUUCAAAAAUGUAAAAUCCGUCAAAGGUCAGUACCGUACAUGGGACAUGUCAUCACAGAUUGUGGUCUGAAACCUGAUCUGGAGAAGGUUAGAGCUAUCAUUGGAAUGCCUACACCAAAAGACAAGGAGGGGAUUCGUAGAUUCUUGGGAUUGGUUCAAUAUCUAUCCAAGUUUGUCCCAAAUCUCAGUCAGGUUGACGCCCCCCUGAGAGUCCUUCUGAAGUCAGAUACAGAGUUUCAGUGGAAUCAUGAACAGAAUGAGAGCUUCAUCAAGCUUAAACAAAUCUGCAGUGAACCCCCAGUACUAGCUUUUUACAAUGUUAGGAAACCGGUAGAGAUUGAGUGUGAUGCAAGCAAAGAUGGGCUAGGAGCUGUCCUAAUACAGGAAGGUCGAGUUGUCGCCUAUGCCUCUAGAUCGCUAACAGAGACAGAAAAACGAUACGCACAGAUUGAAAAGGAAAUGCUCUCAAUAGUGUACAGUUGUAGCAAGUUUCACAGCUACAUAUUUGGAAAAGAGGUAACCGUCUACUCUGAUCACAAACCUCUUGAGACACUAUUCCGAAAGACACUCCUAUCUGCCCCGAUGAGGAUUCAGAGAAUGAUGAUCAGAUUGCAGUGGUAUGAUUUAUCUGUUGUAUACCGCAAAGGCAAGGAAAUGCAUGUAUCAGAUGCAUUGUCGCGCGCAUUUCUACCUCCAAGAGUCAUUGAAGAGGAGGAGGAAAAAUCUGAGAUUAUCAGCAUGAUAUCGGUCAGUGCUAGUAAGUACACCGAAAUUCAGUCAGCAACACGCAGUGAACUCCAGAUAUUGAUGGACACUAUACACAAAGGAUGGCCAGACUCGAAAAAUGAGGUCUACAUUGAGGCAAAACCUUACUGGGAUUCCAGAGAUCAACUCUCAGUACUAGAUAGCAUUGUCUAUAAAGGCAGCAGGAUAGUCAUUCCACCCAGCAUGAGGAAAGAAAUGUUGAGUCUCAUUCACAAAUCUCACCUUGGGAUUGCAAAGUGUAAAAGCCGUGCGAGAGAGGUUAUGUAUUGGCCAUGCAUGAAUGCAGAUAUAGAGGACACUGUCAGUAACUGUUCGUUGUGCGCCGAACAUCAGAAACUACAAGGUGCGGAGCCCUUAAGGCCCACUCCUACACCUGAUCUUCCAUACAGUCAUGUAGGUUGUGACAUCUUUGAGUUCGAGUCCAGGAAGUAUUUACUACUCGUUGACUAUUAUUCAAAGUAUAUAGAUGCUGUCAAACUAGUAUCUGAAACUACUACUUCAGUCAUUGAGGUCAUGAAGUCUGUAUUUGCCUGCCACGGGCUACCCAGGAAACUACGAUCUGACAACGGACCGCAGUUUACAUCAGCAGAAUUCAAGAAAUUCUGUCAAACCAAUGAAAUUAUACAUGAAACAUCAAGUCCACACUUCCAGAGUUCCAAUGGAGAAGCAGAAAGAGCCAUUCAGACCGUGAAACAGUUAUGGAGAAAAGCAGAUGACAAAGAGUUUGCAUUGUUAGACUAUCGCACAACACCCUUAGAAGGUAUAAACCUGUCACCAUCUCAACUCUUGAUGAACAGACGUCCCAGGAAUGCACUACCAGCCUCAGAGAACAUCUUAAAACCAUCAACAUAUGACAGUAAGAAAGUCAAACAACACAUGGACGCACAAAAGGCUAAGCAGAAAGUCUUCUAUGAUCAAAGAAGAGGAGUGAAAGAGUUGUCUCCCCUUGAAGAUGGAACAGAGAUCAGAAUGAAAACUCCAGGUACAAAGGCAUUAACACCAGGAACUGUUGUUCAAAAGUCAGAUAAGCCUAGGUCAUACAUUGUCAGGAGUAAUGAAAGCGGAAGGUUGUUUCGGAGAAAUCGUAAACAUCUGCGUAAAAGCACAGAAACUGCAAACUACACACAAGGUCGGUGA